AUGGCUCUUUUUCUUCGCUUACUUGCUUCAGCAAAGAGAGCAAACCCAUUUUCUCUCCAAGAAUCUACAAAUCUUAGAAGAAUGCCAAACCAUAAAUGGAAUAUUGCCCAGGAAGAUAACCUGUCUUAUUCUGCAUCCUUAGCACAAAGCAGACUCAUGACUCAUAAUACAGCAUAUAUGGAUGAUGUUCAUAUCAAGCAUGCAAGGAAACUGAAAGAAGCCAAGCAUGUUUUGAUGAGCAAAGUGACGGAGGAAGGAAGGGAAGUUUUUCGCAUGAUUGAUGCUAUCCAAAGGCUUGGCAUUGAGUACCUCUUUGAAGAGGAGAUUGAAGAAGCUCUACAAAAGAAAUCAUCCAUGGUUUCUAAGCUAUACUGUAGUAGUGAUCGAGAACUGUUGGAUGUAGCACUUCAAUUUCGUUUAUUGAGACAGCAAGGAUACUUUGUUCAUGAAGACGUAUUUAACACCUUCAUGGACAAGGAAGGGAAUCUCGGAGAAAACAUUAGAGCAGAUAUCAUGGGGCUUCUCGAAUUGCAUGAAGCCUCUCAGCUCAGUGUAGAAGAUGAGAACAAUCUCGACGAAGCAGGAGAAAAAAGCCGGAAUCUUCUUGCUGCAUGGCUGCUGUCUGGAAAUCAAGAUCCUCGUCUGGCCAAACAUAUCUCAGGUGCAUUGCAGCUUCCUUUUCACAAAAGCUUGCCCAGGUUUUCACACAGAAGAUUUUGUUCGAAUGAUUUCCAGUUCCAAGUGAAUAAGAGCUGGAUUCACGCUUUACAAGAGUUAGCCAAUUAUGAUUCCUGCAUAGUUACGUCCGUGCACCGGGAGGAAUUCGUUCAGAUGGUGGAAGGACCUUGGACUGAACAAGGAGUUGAAGCUUGCGAGGGAUGA